AUGGACCAGAAUCAGCUACAAGGUCAGCAAGCCCCUGAUAUUGAAGAAGUUCUAGAAAAUGAAAACUUGGAGGAUAAUGAAGAGGUUCAAGAAGAGGCUUAUAACAUCAAUGUCACGGAGGAUGUCGAUGACAUCGGAAACUCUGAGGCUGAUGAUAGUCCAAGGGCAAAGGCUAGAACAGGUGAAAAUGUUGUGGAUUUAGAUGAGUACUCUGACAAUGAUUUGCUUGCUACUGUAAACCCUAGUGUAUCCGAAAUACUCAUGACUAGGAGAAAAGAUAAAGUUGUGAUUCAGAAUUCUCCUGUGAAGAAAGCUGCGGUUAAAAGCCCUUCCAAAGAUUCUGUCAAGAAGAAGAGUACCUCUGCAGGACCUGUAAAAAGCAGAACUAAAAGUAUUGGAGUUGGUCCCUCAAAAUCUUGGAGCAAGGUUGUUCCAAAUAAAAGGAAGGCAAGAGCUGUUGAAGAAUAUGAGUCUGAUGUUGAAGUGAAUGUCCAUGACAUUCCAUUAAAGAAGAAAUCCACAACUAGCAAGCUUGCUGCGAGUGUUCCUAAAGUUCCCAUUGACAAUGUAUCCUCCCACUUUGUGUAUCAAAAGAGACUGGCCCUUGAGAGGGAAUUGGCUCUAAAUGUGCGUCACUGUAAGGACAUAAUGGAAUUGAUUGAGGCUGUUGGCCUAAUCAAAAUUGUUGUCCAUCUGAGUAAAUGCUAUGAAAUGCUGGUCAAAGAGUUCAUAGUAAACCUCUUUGAAGAGUGUGCUAACAAAAGAUCCAAGGAAUUUAGAAAAGUGUUUGUAAGAGGAAAAUGUGUUAACUUCUCGUCCACUAUGAUCAACAACAUAUUGGGAAGGUCUGAUGAAGGUCAACCUGAGCUUAAAGUCUUUGAUAACAAGGUAUUCCAAGUUAUCACUACAAACCAAGUCAGGAGCUGGCCAUUGAAAGGAAAAUUAUCUGCUAGUAAACUAAGCAUGAAAUAUGCAAUACUGCACAAGAUUGGGGCUGCUAAUUGGGUGCCAACAAAUCACAAGUCUACUGUCUCAACUGUUCUUGGAAGAUUUAUCUAUGUUGUUGGUACAAAAGCAAAGUUUGACUACGAUACCUACAUUUUUGAGCAUACCAUGAAGCAUGCUGGUAGCUAUAGUGUAAAAGGCCCUAUAGCAUUUCCUUCUCUCAUAUGUGAUAUCAUCUUAAACCAGCAUCCUGGCAUCUUGGUUGAAACUGAUUCAAUUUGCAAAAGGGAAAGUGCUCUGUCUCUCCAUUAUAAAUUGUUUCAGGGAACGCAUGUCCCAGACAUUGUCAUGACAUCGGGUGAGACAUCCAAGAGUGGAUCAUCAGCCAGUAAGGCUGAAGUCAUAGUGUAA